CCCCAAAGACGAAGAAAUUAUUGUAUGAGUGGAAUAAGAGUGUUUGAAAUUAUUUGUCAAACGCUUCGAUUAAAUAAACUCAUGAGUUGUGUUAAUAAGUGUCACGUUGCGUGGCUAAACAGUUGAUGACAAAGCUACGUCCGAGGCCGGGAUGAGCUCACCGACACUUUCAACAAUCCAGACAAGAGAGCUGUCGAGGAACCUCAUUACUUUUCUAUCGCUAUACAAGCACAUAUCAGACUCCUAUAUAAUCGAGUUCUUCAGUGAGGAGCUGUGGGAAACGUUGCCUACAAACUGGCAGAAGGCCCUCUGCGAUUUAUCACCACCACAAAUAUCAGACCUCUUACUUGACAGAAGUAAUGUACAUAGAAGCUAUCCUUCAGUAUGGCCUCUUUCGCUCAUGGCGUUCCGGGCUACAGCGCACACCCUGGCGUUUCCUAGGAUGCCCCGGUCGAAAACCACAAAAGUUGGCAGCUUGAAGCCAGAGGAAUUUCAAGAGAACCAGUGUCAAAGCUCAUUGUUGGGACACAUAUUUAGGAAACAUGUGAAACCAAAGAAGCAGCAUGAGAUACGCAGACUGGGCACGUUGGUGAAGCAAAUCUGUGACGUGACAGGAUGCAUGCGUGUUGUGGAUGUUGGUUCUGGGCAGGGUCAUCUGUCUCGUUUUCUGUCGUUUGGCCUUGGCAUUUCUGUGACUGGGAUUGAGGCUGAUGCUACACUGGUUGCCAUGGCUUCCAAAUUUGAUGGACAGCUACUGUGCACAUUGGAAAAAGAGAAGAAAAAGAACGGCUCUCUCCAGCAUUAUGUUCCUGGCCCCUCACCUCGCCAUGUGACAGGCUGGGUUAACCCCAAGGAAUCAUGGGAGGUUUUCAUCAAGCAGCUUGGAUUUGGUGAUUGUAUUGCUGAGGAUCACAUAGCUGCAGCCUUGAAGAAAAGUCAAUGGGAGUCCAUGUUUGUUCCUGAACAGAAACAUUUACAUGGAGACCAACCUGUGUCGGCAGCCUAUUCAGACUCAGACCAGACAGCAUUGUCACUGGAGGAGAACGAUGAUAUGAUGUUAAAUACUAGCUAUGCAAUCCACAAUACCAUGUCAAAAAAUGCUCAGGAAUCAGAAUGCCAGUCAAUGUCGUCAUCUUCUCCAAAACGUUUUUGCAAGAUGGAAGCCGGAAAGGAACUAUGUGCAGAUAGUUACCCAUAUGCCCACCCCAUGUAUGAAGAGGUAUUACCUGCUGCAGCAGUUGUCUGCCCCGGGGAAAAUGAGCCCGGACACCCAGACUUUGUCCUAACCGGUCUCCAUUCCUGUGGAGAUCUUAGUGCCACCCUUCUGCGACACUUUGCCAACUGCCCUCACGUACGUGGUAUUACCUCAGUGGCAUGCUGCUACAUGAAAAUCACCACCAAAGAGAAGCCCACCCCACCUGGACUCAUAUCCCCUCCCCUUUCUUCUACACUUACCAAUGAGGUCACACACUGUGAAUUUGGAUACCCAAUGAGCUCUUGGCUGCAGGGAUUGCCAGGACACCAAUUGUCUUAUAAGUCACGAGAGGGGGCAUGUCAUGCUAUGGAGGACUACAUGCAGAGGCUGAGGGAGGAGAGCAGUUUAUUAAAGACACACUGUUACCGGGCAGUUUUAGAGUCAGUGAUCCGGGGGACGAGGCCUGAGUUGCGCAGAGCGGGAAUCCAGACCAUUAAGAAGUCACACCAAUUACCCUUCCAUGAGUAUGCCAGACUGGGGCUAGCUCGGGUGGGCCUGCCUGCCGACCUGCCCUUGGACACUGUUAAGGUGGAGGCCAUGCUGAAGCAGCAGGGCAGGGUGGUGGUCUACUUCAGCCUGGCGCUGCUGCUUGCACCGGUGGUGGAGACGCUGGUUCUGCUGGACAGGAUGAUAUUCCUGCAGGAGCAAGGUAUAGAAAGUCAACUGGUGCCACUGUUUGACCCUGUGUUCUCACCCCGAAACCUGGUACUGGUAGCACUGAAGCCCAAAAGGGACAAAGGAAAAACUAAAGACCUUCCUAACCCAGGACACUUUUAAAAACGUGUUUGGCUGUGGGACUUCUCAUCCCCCGGAGAACAGAGACUAAACCAUUGGCCCAAGGACCUUACAAACUGCUAUAGAACACAGACAAAGUGGUAAAAUUAAAUGCUUUGGAAUUCACCCAUUUUUAUUUGUCACAUCAGUCAGGGGCUGUAAAGAUUUGUAAGAUGUAAGACUUUUAUUUAGACAUUUCUGUACAGUGUACAUAUUUUAAUAAACCAAUGCUUGUUACCACA